ACCUUACCUACCUUACCUUUACCUGCCCUUACCUACCUUUACCUGAGACACUCUGUAUCUACUUGCACCAGUGCAGUGCAGUGCCCACCUUACAUAGUGACCGAUUUCCUGCUCCCCGGCCAGCCUUGAGUCCCUUUUCCUGCGCAUAAUGUCCAGGAAAGCAAAGCAAAGCAAAGCCGAGGGCAAUAUGGAUGAUGCGUAUAGGUGAAGAUAUACUCCAACUUGCGAACUACCUAUAUCGCUGGCUCGCUCCAGGCACGCGUUGUCAGGUGGUACCAGUACAGGAGAAGGCGGGCAAGGGGGAGUUCCUGGUCGCCUCGCCUCAGGGGAAUCGACAAAAUGUGGGGGCAACCUCAAGCACAGCCAUAGACACAGACACAGACACAGCCACAGCCACUGGCACUGGCACUGGCACUCGAGGCACUUCACCGAACAUCGAACAGAAAUAUCUGAUAACGGGGCAUUAUUAUCUGUGGGUUACCGAUAUGCUCGUGUGAGCCCCGCUAUGCUUCGUGAGCCUGAGUGGGAAUUUUGUCAGCUGUGAAGGAGGGAUUCUCUACGAAAUCCACUCUUGUUGGCUCCCGAAUUUUAUCCUGAGAAGUACUCAUCCGAUCCUAUCCAAACGAUGAUCAACCGAUCGGGACUAUCUCAAAUACAGGACUCUCCCGGGACCCAGUUUGGCCAGUGUAAACCAUCAUGUGCAUACUCUGAUUUGUUGAAAGAUCAGGAAAUCCAUGAUGCCGACCCGCCAAAUAAUGUUGGAGCCUAACCGAACUGGCGUCUAUCUAUUGAACAUUCCUCGAUACUAAGUCAAACUUGCUACUUCGUGUAUUACGUACAGCUUGAGCUUCAAAAGAGAUCCUACGGACCGCAGGAAAGAUUAAGUCGUGAUGCAAUUCAAGCUUAUAUCUGAAAGCUUAUCGCACUGUCAGGUCAAGGCACUACCCUGUACAGUACCUACCACAUGCACCUCUCUGGAGGGAGAAUCGAACCAGACAGUGGGGUUGUGGGAGCCGCCAUAAAUGAUGUCCAGGGCGUCCCUUUCCAUGUUCGGCCCUUCGGCCACCUUGUCUGGCAUGAUGGGACUGCCCCAUCAGUAUGAAAUUGCAUAUAUAAGGCGUUGAGUUCAGUCGCACUUCUUCCACCGUCAUCCCUCGGUGCUCUCUUCGUCGUCGUUAGGCCUGGUCGUUUUCCCUAAUUAUGUCUUUUCUUAAGUUCUUGGCAGUUACUGCUUGGCUUACCUCGCUCGUUUCAGCGUUCGAUACUCAGCUGGCAUUCAACUCAUUCGUUGAAGUUGAGAAUCGGACUCUCGAUGAGUUGCAUCAAGCUGCCUUGAAAGAAGGCGGUACGGUUACGGUCUGGCAUGGAGGGGACGAGAAAGCUCAGCAGGAUCGUAUGAAAGCUGCCUUUGAAGCUCGCUUCCCUGGCCUUACACUGAACAUAACGGUGGAUCUCAGCAAGUAUCACGAUGUGAGCGUGGACCAGCAGCUCGCGUCCGGCAACGUAUACGUGGACAGCAUCAUCUUGCAGACUUUGAACGACUACCCAAGAUGGAAGAGCCAGGGCGCGCUUCUUCCUUACAAGCCUAUUGGGUUCGAUAACAUAUAUGAAGAGUUUAGAGAUGUUGAUGCUUACUACACGGGUUUUUACAUCUUCAGUUGGGGGAACACGUUUUACGCCAAGUAUCUCAACGGAACAACGCCUCUCGAAUACACCGAUUAUCUCAAGCCUGAGUUCAAGGACAAGUUAGUUCUCACGUAUCCCAAUGACGAUGACGCAGUUCUGUAUCAGUUCGAUCUCAUCAUGAGGCAGUAUGGCCUGGGUUGGUUCGAGAAACUGCUUGCUCAAAAUCCAAGAUGGGUCCGGGGAUCAGCGACACCAGCCACACUUAUCGCGAGUUCCAACGGGACUUACGCUGCAACCUUCACGUCAGGUGUUGGUGUUCACGGUUUCGAUCCAAUCAACGUCACCUUCCCAGUCGAGGGUUCUUUCGUCUCGUGGCCCCAAACUGGUGCUAUUCUGAAGGAUGCUCCACACCCGGAGACAGCAAAGCUGCUUCACUCUUGGAUCCUUAGCGAGGAGUUCCAAAACUCCACAGGAACCUGGACUGUGAGAAAAGAUCUCGCUCCACCGGCAGGCUUUCCAUCAAUUUUCGAGAUGCCAGGAACAGAUGCCACGAAGUUCUCACAGUGGAUGUCCGACCGUGCUGCUGUUGAGAGACUUCGGUUCUUCUUUGAGGCAAGAAUCGGCAGCGCCCAGGGGCUGUCUUCUCUCAUCGAUGAUUUGUGAAUGGUUGCAAUUCAUCUGUCGGAAGUUCAAUAACUGUAAACAUCUAGUUGAUGGUUUGUCAAGGAAAGAUUUCAAUGAAUCAUUGGGUUGCUCUAAUUUAUCAACCAUUUUGGUUCGGAUUUCAGAUAGAAACCAAGUAGGAAGGGAACACAAUUGCUUAAGCAUCCUCCUGACUGUGAUCGAGGAUCCAACAGCUACCUCAAUUUAUACUUCUUUAUCUCCCGAUAGACCAUUUAUGACCCUCAAAAAACUCGGCAAAUAUCACGCAUGAAGCGCGAAACGAAGGCUGUCAAUAUAGCCUGAGACUUUUCCCUGGGUUGUAUUUGAUGACGCCCGAUCUGGCCCGCAUGCUUGCUUCCAAUUUGUGGCCACCCUUGAGAGAAGGAGCCUAUCCACAUACCGAUGAGGAAGGAACAAAUGG